AUGUCAGAGGAUGAAUAUAUGAAUGAUCAAGAGGAGUUGAAGGAGGAACCUUUACUUAUACCUCCAUUGAACUUCUCGAUGGUGUCAAGGGGUGUGUAUCGCAGUGGCUAUCCCAACAAGAAGAAUCAUCCCUUCCUCAAGAAACUAGGUCUCAAGUCUAUACUCUAUCUCUGUCCAGAGGAGUACAGUGAGACCAACACAAACUUUAUACGCAAGCAUGGUAUCAAGUUGUUUCAUUACAGAAUCGUUGGUAAUAAGGAACCAUUUGUAGAUAUACCUGAUGAAUAUAUUAGAGAUGCUCUAGUUGAUCUGUUGGAUGUGAGGAAUCAUCCCAUACUCAUUCAUUGUAAUAAAGGAAAGCAUCGUACUGGUUGUUUAGUAGGCUGUCUAAGGAAGCUACAGAAGUGGUCGUUCACUUAUAUCUUUGAUGAGUAUAGACGAUUCGCUGGUAGCAAGGUAAGAGUGUUGGAUCAACAGUUCAUCGAGCUCUUCAACCUGGAGGUACCAUUCAAUAAGAAGAAUAAACCCGACUGGCUGUAG